AUUAAAACCAAGGGAGAUCGAAAUACAGAACUUGAAGAAAAUGAGGGCUCAGCUACUCUUCAUGACUGCAGGCAUCAUCGUUCUUAGUUUGGCAGCUGAGAAAUGCCGGCAGCUAGUAGGCAAAGAGUCUGCUUCCAAGAGCUGGACAGAGAGGUUUGCAUUGGUGGAGUGCUUCGACAUGGGGUAUGGCACCGUAGCAUGCCUAAUCAAACAGUUCGUGAAGCUCUAUUUCUACUACAUGAGGGCCGUUAACGUCCACAAAAUCAGAGUCCAGGCAACCGACGUAGCCUUGAAGAAAGAACUGUCACAAGGGCAUAGCUAUGCAGACGCCAUGAAAAGGGCACGCCAACAAGGGAAGGACACUGCAAAGCAAGCAUCAAAGCAAGCAAAAUUCAUCAUGGGCCCUGUGAUAUCUUCAGGAUGGGACUUGUUUGAGACCCUUUACGUUGGGGGUACCUUAGCGGAAGCUAUCACUAGGAGCAUUGGAACCUUUUUUGGGGCUUACAUUGGAGGGAUCAUUGGAGACGGAAAGCUUCGGUGGAUGGGUCAUAUUGUGGGAAGCCUGUUUGGGAGUUGGGUUGGAGGAAGGGUAGGAUUGAUGGCGUACGAUAUCGGGAAAGGAGGGGAGUAUUUGCUUCAUGUUGCUCAUAAAGAAUGAAAGAUGAAUCAUUAUCUAGUAGCUGAAUAAGACCAAGUUGGAACAGUUUCGAGUGAUGUUCUAUUAAUACUAGUUUGUAAUUGAAAAACUAGUAAUUCUGUAUAAUAAAUAUCUAACGUGAA